CAGUAUACACCGCACCCGGCGAGGACAGCUCAGCGCAGGGCGGCGCAGCUCAGCAGACCGGAUCCGAGCGGAGAAGGGCGGGCUCCUCGAGAGGGCGGCGGUGGCACCAUGGAGAACGGAUUUACAUAUGAAGAUUAUCAGAACACUGCAAAAUGGCUUCUGUGCCGCACCAACCACCGACCUCAAGUGGCAGUGAUCUGUGGUUCUGGGUUAGGAAAUCUGGUCAAUAAAUUAACUGAGGCCGAGAGCUUUGACUACAGUGAGAUACCAAACUUUUCCCAAAGUACAGUGCCAGGUCAUGUCGGUCGACUGGUGUUUGGGUUCCUGAAUGGCAGAGCCUGUGUGAUGAUGCAGGGCAGGUUCCACAUGUAUGAAGGCUACCCACUCUCAAAGGUGACAUUCCCAGUGAGGGUUUUCUACCUUCUGGGUGUGGACACCCUAGUGGUCACCAAUGCAGCUGGAGGACUCAACCCCAAAUUUGAGGUUGGAGAUAUCAUGCUGAUCCGCGACCACAUCAACCUACCUGGUUUCUGUGGUUUGAACCCUCUCAGAGGGCCCAAUGAGGAUAGGUUCGGAGUUCGUUUCCCUGCCAUGUCUGAUGCCUAUGACCGGGAUAUGAGACAGAAGGCUCACAGUGUCUGGAAACAAAUGGGGGAGCAGAGAGAGCUUCAGGAAGGCACCUAUGUGAUGUUGGCAGGCCCCUCCUUUGAGACUGUGGCCGAGUGUCGGCUGCUGCAGAAGCUGGGGGCAGAUGCUGUUGGCAUGAGCACAGUACCAGAAGUUAUAGUUGCAAGGCACUGUGGACUUCGAGUCUUUGGCUUCUCCCUCAUCACUAACAAAGUCAUCCAGGAUUAUGAAACCAAGGAGAAGGCCAAUCAUGAGGAAGUAUUAGAGUCCGGGAAAAAAGCUGCACAGAAAUUGGAACAGUUCGUCUCUAUUCUUAUGGCUAGUAUUCCACUGCCUGGCAAAGGCAAUUAACCAGCCCUGGAGUGGUCUGGCCUCUCCCUAAUAGGAUCCAAGUAGCUACUACCUGCUUUGGCCCCUUGCUGGGGUCAUGUGCCUCUGCCCUUAAGUAGUAGGAGAAAGGAGAGGAAGAUCCACCAUUUCUCCCACCAGACUCUUCUGUGCUGGCUCCUCUUUUGCUCAGUUGUCUCAAUAGUUUCCACCCCUGUUCUUCCUCAAGAGCUGGGGCCCAAGCCCUAUCACACAGCCAUGUAUAUGCCCUAGGUGUGAUUUGGGCUGUUGAACUUGGCACAGGUACCUACUACUAUCUUUCUGAGAUAAGAUGAUUUCACAUUCCUGAAGACUCAGUCUGCCUCGCACAAGUCCAAUACCUCUUGGACUCGAAUACUAUUCAUAUUUUGAGAAUAAAAAAGAUGAAAUAAUUUAAUGUUUAGUGCAUUUUGGGAUAAGGCUUGGAGCACAGGCCAAGUUUGGCAUGAAAGACUGAGAUCACAUGUCCAGUGUGAUCUGCUUCUGAGACGAGCUACUAAAAACUGAGAUGAGGUGGUGUGUAAAUGCAGGAAAGGAUGAAGGAAAGCCAAAGAUGAGAGAUAAAGAUGUCAGAAGAUGAAUAAGGAAGAGCUAACACCUGGCACAAGACGGCAGCUUUCCUCAGACCAGUCUUGCCUCUGACCUUAGCCUUCUGAUUGUGCUGCUCCCUGUCUAUGCCCUCAUGAAUAUCUGAACCGUCUCACUGGUCUCACUGUUCCACAGUGGCUACUUCUUAAGCCUUAACUGUUUCCUGUUGUUUUCUUUCUCCUUCCUACCCUAACUUCUGCCAUAAUUAAGGACAACCCAACAUUCCUUCUCUGCAUUCUGACAAUGCUGUAGCAAAUACUGAAUACUAGAAUACUACAUCUUUCUCUGCCAGCAGCCACUCCAUGCAGAUUAGAGUCCUGCCAGCCCCAGGCAAACCUGUGAAGUUGACUCAUACUUCACUUCUUAGAGCACUUCCUUUCCUUCCCUCCUCGUUUCCUUUCUGGGUUCUAGUCUUUUGACUUUUGCUCAGUCAGAACCCCCCUGUCACACAGCAUCUAGGUGUUGCCCUUUGUUGGUUCACUGCACUAUUUUUCACUUACCAGUUUGCAUUCAGCUGACUGGAUGGCAUGUUUCAAAACCACACUACCCUCCCAGGCCUCUUUACCUUUUGAUAAAAGAUCUAGCUGGAUGAGCCUCUAAUAGUAAUGGCAUUUCAAUAGAAAUUUACAAUAGAAAGCUUUUAAAACCUCUUUUAAAUCCUUUGGUAACUAACCAACUUACCUGAGCCUAACACAAAAAGCAUUCUGGAGUGGCCCUGUCACCACCCCCACCAGCUCUAAAACCCUACCUGGACCUUGAGACAAUCUGCUAGCAUCUGCCAUUUGUCCAUAAGCAAGCUGGUUUAGAGGAAAGUACUGUGUCCUUCAGAUAUAUAUGCAACUUGUUCAUCUAAUGAGAUGGUUUAUAAACAUUUCUUUUAAUCAAGUUAUUGAAUUACCUCUAUAACACUCAGCUAAGAAUGUUAAAUUGAGAAUAUAACAAAGGUUCUCUUUAACUGCCCUUUAAUCUUAAGAGAUAUAUUUGUGAAACCAUUAACUGUUACUAUAAGACAGUAUAGGAUAUUCUACACAUUACAUACAAUGGGAGCCCAAAGGAUAGACCAGUUGUAUACACUGGACCUUGAGAAUUGGGUUGGGUAAGGGAAGUUUCAUAGAAAACUUUUGAGUUCAGUCCUAAAGGACGGAAGGCAGGAAAAGGAUUUCACACCAGGUGAGUGAAAGCACAGAGCUAUAAAAUGUAGUCAUGUUCCGUGGGUCAUUAUCACAACAGGUGUGAUUAGAACAGAGGACAUGCAGGGCUCUAAUGAGAUAUGGGCAAAUACUUGGAAGUUACAAGAGAGUGCAUGUGGUGCUCAGCUUUCUCACCCUGAUCUGGCUCUUGGUGAGAUGGCUCAGGAAUGAGAAUGGUGCCAUCUGAAAAACAUGUCCCAGAGAGACUCAGGUGGAAUAUUUAAGCACAUCUUUGGUGUUUAGACUUAGUAUAUGGGUUUGCCCAUUUACCCUGUAAAGGGCAUCAUAAAUUUUGUGAUAGAAUACUAGAUUCAAGAAGAAUAUUCAUUUGUUGUCCUCAUGCAAGAGUCUAAUUUUUUAGUUCUAAGUAUGAAGAAUAAGGCUUACUGACUUUACAGAAGUGUUUAUUAUUAUACUCAUGUUAGGACAUUGAAUAUCUCCUGUAGUAACAAAA